AUGCUUCCAUCUCCAGAUGCGUCUCUGUCCUUGGAAAAUGCGCAGCAUGUGCUGGGCGUGACGGCAGGCAGCAAGACGUGCUGGGAGGGAGCAAGGCAGCAUGUGUUUCGAUGCUCCCACACUGAGCCCGGCUCCCCUCCACCUCCACCCUUCCCCUCCACCCCCCUUUUUUUAACACCAGAUGCGUCUCUGUCCCUGGAGGAUGCCAAGCACGUGCUGGGCGUGGCAGCGGGCAGCAUUCAGACGAGCAUCAUUCCCACUGCUGCUGGCAUUGCAGGUGCCCGCUCCGCGUGGGAACUUCUAGAAGCAGAGAGAGGCAGGGGCAGGGUGCAGACGAUGUGUGCUGAGCUGGAUGCGAUGCUGGGAGGUGGGGUGGCUCUACAGGAGCUACAGAGAUAUGUGAGUGGGGCAUGCAUGCAGCUGGCAAUCAACGUGCAGACGCCUGCUGUGCUGGGAGGGGUGGAGGGCGAGGCCGUGUACAUUGACACGGAAGGAAGCUUCAUGGUGGAGCGAGCAGCAGAGAUGGCGGACGCGUGGGCAGCUCACUGCAUUUCCGCUGCCGCUGCCAUAGACACACGUGCCCCAGAGACCACUGCCUCGCAUCAAGCCUUCAGCCAAUACUCGCAGCAGCACCACCAGCAGCACUUGCAUUCAAAUGCAUCUGGGGCAGUGUCAGCAGCAGUGGCAUCAAAGGCGUCGAGAGCAGCAGCGCUGGCAGGGGUGCAUUACCUGCGCGUGUAUGACCACACAGAGCAGACAGCACUCGUCCAUUCUCUGCCGCACUUGCUCGCUCUGCACCCCAAGCACUUCUGCACUCCCUGCCACACCUGCUCGCUCUGCACACUAAGGUGUGUGAUAGGCUGCCACUUGUGUGCAUGGGUGGCAUUGGCAGCAGCAGCGCUGGCAGCAGUGCAUUACCUGCGAGUGUGUGACCACACGAAGCAGACUGCUCUCCUGCACUCCCUGCCGCACCUGCUUGCUCUGCAACCCAAGGUGGGAUGGGUGGCACUGCGUGGUGUGUGUGAUGAGUGCUGUGCGUGCAUGGCUUGGGUAUCAGCAACAGCAGCGCUGGCAGGGGUGCAUUACCUGACAAGCCAGUGGUUAUCAACAGUGUCACAUUCCACUUCUGCCAUGGCUUCACUCACAUGGGUGUGCGCUCACAUGUUCUCCACUCUCCCUGCUGCCCUCCCUCUCCCUGCUGCCCUCCCUCUCCCUGCUGCCCUCCCUCUCCCUGCUGCCCUCCCUCUCCCUGCUGCCCUCCCUCUCCCUGCUGCCCUCCCUCUCCCUGCUGCCCUCCCUCUCCCUGCUGCCCUCCCUCUCCCUGCUGCCCUCCCUCUCCCUGCUGCCCUCCCUCUCCCUGCUGCCCUCCCUCUCCCUGCUGCCCUCCCUCUCCCUGCUGCCCUCCCUCUCCCUGCUGCCCUCCCUCUCCCUGCUGCCCUCCCUCUCCCUGCUGCCCUCCCUCUCCCUGCUGCCCUCCCUCUCCCUGCUGCCCUCCCUCUCCCUGCUGCCCUCCCUCUCCCUGCUGCCCUCCCUCUCCCUGCUGCCCUCCCUCUCCCUGCUGCCCUCCCUCUCCCUGCUGCCCUCCCUCUCCCUGCUGCCCUCCCUCUCCCUGCUGCCCUCCCUCUCCCUGCUGCCCUCCCUCUCCCUGCUGCCCUCCCUCUCCCUGCUGCCCUCCCUCUCCCUGCUGCCCUCCCUCUCCCUGCUGCCCUCCCUCUCCCUGCUGCCCUCCCUCUCCCUGCUGCCCUCCCUCUCCCUGCUGCCCUCCCUCUCCCUGCUGCCCUCCCUCUCCCUGCUGCCCUCCCUCUCCCCUCCAUCCUAUUCCACAUAACCCACGCGGCAGGUCAAGCUGGUGGUGAUCGACAGUGUCACCUUCCACUUCCGCCACGGCUUCACAGACAUGGGUCUGCGCUCACCUGUUUACAUUUUCCCUGCGCCUCUUCCUUAUCCCUCCACACCACAUGA